AUGUACGACAAGCUGAUUCCAUUGCAGGAGAAACUGAACGAGGCAAUCAUGAUGUUGAACAAGAAUUUGCAGGAGAUCAACAUCCAGAAUAUGGACACAGAGCUCGUUGCGCAGAUGUUCAAGAACUACCAAUCCAACGUUCUCUUCCACCUCGAAGGUAUGUUCCUCUUUGCGAAGUAUCGCUGGAGGCACGCCUAA